AUGUUAACGCCAUAUCUCUCCAUGCCCAUGAAGCCCGAGCUUGGGUGGCAUACUGUUUUUGAAACACAUUUUGCUCAACGGAAGUUUAUUGUAUCUUCACCACUAUGGGACGCUAUAAUGGGAGCAGAUCCGGCUUAUGAUACAACUUUAUUUUUUCCAGAGUCUCGACAUACCAGGGAACCAAACCAGUCUUCAAAUUUCACAAAUAAAGUCACAGGGGUUGUACAGAGCCCUCAAUACCUUGACGCCUCACCAGAGACUCCCCGAGACCUUUUGAAGCCGGGAUUACGAGGACCAAGUGACCUCUGUGAUGUGGUAGAAGAGUACCGUGUCACUAGCUCAUUCGACAUACUUGCGUCAAUCGGUGGUCUGCUUGCACUUUUGCAAGGAAUACAUAUGUUUAUAUUUGGGAGGCCAUUGUUUUGGGGAAUGUUUGGCAAGUGCCACCUAAAAAAACGGGGCUCAAUUACUCAUAAUACGACCUCAGGCGCAAAAAUCAUCUCACCUUUUGGCUUCAUUGGCCAGUUCGCUACAAAGGGAUUUAAGAAGCGCCUAUAUGAGAAGUAUUAUACUUCAUCACAACCAGGAAGCGAGGUUCCUCUGGCACCGAAUUGUGGUCAAACUCAAAUUCAUCUCGACAUGACUCAAUUCCUUCUCGAUUAUGUUGUUGAUAUGGGACCUGCUUCAGCGCCAAAUCAAGAAGACGUUAUACUCUCUGAAAGUGAUACGGAAGACCGAGAAGUCGUAGACAACGCUCAAGUUCGAUAUACGACCGAUGUAGAGUUAGGGAUUUCUACUGAGACCUGUCGCACAAUUUAG